UUUUUUUUGUUAAAGUUUUCUUUCCUUUUCAAAAUAUUUCUUAAAAAAUUCUUUGUGAAAUAUGUCUUCAUUUUUCAAAUUAUUAAAGUUUUUAAGCUUCAAUUAAUAUUGCAACAACAAAAGAAUCAACUGAUGGCAGAAAGUGUUCGUGUUAUUGUUCGGUGUAGACCAUUAAAUGAACGCGAAUUACAAUUGAAUUCAACGUGUGCGCUAAUUGAUGGUACAAACCCACCCAAAUUGUUCACUUUUGACAGUGUGUAUUAUUUGGACGCUACAGCUGAACAAAUAUACAAUGAUAUUGUCUACCCUUUGGUUGAGAAUGUCAUAGAGGGCUAUAAUGGAACGGUGUUUGCUUAUGGGCAGACCGGUUCUGGUAAAACCUAUUCAAUGCAGGGAGAUCCACAAGUGCCUGUACAAAGAGGGAUUAUUCCACGGGCUUUUGAACAUAUUUUUGAAUCUAUCGCUACUACAGAGCAUACUAAAUUCCUUGUGCAUGUUUCCUAUUUAGAGAUUUACAAUGAAGAAAUUCGCGAUUUAUUGGGGGAUAACAAAAAGAAAUUGGAAGUUAAAGGUGUUUAUAUAGCUGGAUUGGGAAUGCAUAUUUGCCAUAAUGUAGCAGAUUGUGAAAGUUUAAUGCAGACAGGUUUUAACAGUAGACAUGUUGGUGCGACUUUAAUGAACAAAGAUUCGAGCAGGUCACAUUCAAUAUUCACAGUUUAUGUAGAGGCGCUCUCCAAAAGUGGACAUAUUCGAAUGGGAAAGUUAAAUUUGGUUGAUUUGGCUGGAAGCGAAAGACAGGCAAAGACGGGUGCUACAGGAGAACGUUUUAAAGAAGCAACAAAAAUCAACCUUUCACUUUCUGCUCUCGGAAACGUUAUUUCUGCUCUAGUUGAUGGCCGUUCUACACACAUUCCUUAUAGGGAUUCUAAACUUACUAGAUUACUUCAAGACUCCCUUGGAGGAAAUACAAAAACAGUAAUGAUUGCUUGUAUUUCUCCUUCAGAUAAUAAUUUUGAUGAAAGUUUAUCGACUUUGCGUUAUGCAAAUAGAGCAAAGAAUAUUCGGAAUAAACCGAGAAUUAAUGAAGAUCCAAAAGACGCUUUACUUAGAGAAUAUCAGGCAGAAAUUGAAAGGCUUAAAAGACUUGUUCAACAACCUCAGGAAAAACCAGUUGUUCAAGCUAACGAUGAAUUUGAACGUGAAAGAAAUAAAUUGCGGGCAGAAUUUGAAAUUGCCAUGCGUGAGCUUCGUUCAAGCUAUGAAAAUGAACAGAAAAACAAGGAAAAAUUGCAAACUGAUUUGGCAAAACUUCGAAAAGAAUAUGAAAAAGCUAGUGAGGAAAUCGAACUGGCAAAAAGCAAAGAACAAAGUGCCGAAAGUGCCAAAAAACGAAUUAAGCAAUUAGAGCAACAAUUAGUUGGAGGUGAACAAGCGGGGAAUGAGGCACUUAAACAAAAACGAGUACGAAAAAUUAAAGAGGCGGAAACAAAAAUGCAAAGACUUGCUGAAGCACUAGAAAUGCACAAAGACAAAGAAGAUCCUUUAUUACAUGUUUACCAAAAUACCCAGGAAAAGUUGGAUGCUUUAGUUAAAGAAUAUAAUAAAGAAAGGUUGAAAGUCCAAUCAAUGGAAAAAGAAUUGGAAGACUUAUCAAAUGAAUUUGAAUUGGAUCGUUUAGAUUAUUUAGAAACAAUACGUAGACAAGAUCAACAAUUGAAACUUUUUCAGCAAAUACUUGAAAAUACUGGUAAGGGAAUAAAGAAAAUUUUGAAAAUUAUUUUUCUAAUUUUUAAAGCUGCUAUUCGAAAAGAAAGUAAUUAUGCGAAUUUGGAACGUGUAAAAAGAGAGGCUAUUUGGGAUGAAGAAGGUGAAAGGUGGACUUUGCCAGAGUUGAGUAUUCGGCAACAAGCACUGCCAAAUUCAGUAUCACCAGCUAUUUCAUCAGAAUUAAACGGUAGUGGAUCUGAUUCAAUAGCAUCAAAAUAUAGUGGCUCCCCCAUAGAAGAUUCUGAAUCAAAAUUGAAGAAACGCCUUGAUGAAAGUAUGGAUAAUGAUUUUGUACAAAAAUUCUUUAAGCCAAUAACUCGACAAAACAUUCUUGACAAAUACAACCCUGAAAAACAUAAAAUGAUUGCAGAACAACGUAAAAACCAAAUGUUAGUUAAUGGAGUAGUUUACGCCGAUGCAAUUUAUGACCAGUCCCAAAGGCAUAAAAAUGGAGGCACAUCUCAAAAUAAUCCAGCGGCCAAUCGACCUAUUAGCGCUGCUCGUAAACCUCCACAAAGGCUUGAAGCGUUAAAUGUUUCUAGAAAUAAAUCAUUUCAUUAA